UGUGCGGCCACAGCACCACUCGUACUCCAUCAGCCAUGUCCUCCGUCACCUUACCUGAACUCUGGGAUUACUUUAUAAUGUACAUGACCGGAGUGAAAGAGUUUAAUCCACAUACCCGGGAACUUGACCUGAGAAUGUUCCCCGUGAGGAUGACCAGUACCUGUCAGAACAGUAGAAGGACACUAAUGGGUCCGUAUGGGGUAGAUCGUGCCGUUCAUGAAAUAGAAUUUACCGACUGUGAGAAUGGACUGGGGAUCAAAGUGAUUGGAGGAAUGAAGGAGUUAACGGGAGAGGAGUUUGGAGUCUACGUGAAAAGGAUUUUACCAGGUGGCCUUGCUUCAAGUGAUGGACACCUUCAGGCGGGAGACCAGAUCUUGGAGGUGAAUGGGGAGAGUUUACUAGGGGUCACCAGUGAAAGAGCAGUAGACGUUCUGAGAUCAGCGUCCUCGAGCAACCAAAUGCGCCUUCUGAUCGCCAGAGACGAGGAAGCCAGGAGAGAGUUUUCAGAGCUUUUGGAGAAGUAUGGAUCCAGCAGUAGUACUGGGUCGACACGCAACUCUCCCAUCCAGCAUGCAGGCAGAUAUCUGGACAGCACAUCGUCCGGGUCCUCGUCACGCUCCCAGAGUCCUUUGCUUUUGAGUCCUGCUGGCUCUCAGAGCACCUACAACAACCCUCUACUGCGCUCCCUCAGUCACCCAGGAGAGGGUGUGAUCCAGCUGAUCUCUGUAGCCCGCUCCUCUAGUCUGGGCAUCACCAUCGGCGGAGGCUCCAAUAGACCGGACGGCCCUGCGGUCUUCAUCCAGGAGGUUCUGUCUGGGGGAGACUGCCACAGGGAUGGGCGCCUGAGGCCAGGGGAUCAGCUCAUUGCCAUCAACAAGGAGUCCUUGAUAGGUGUGACCCACGAGGAGGCUAAGAGCAUGGUUAACAAGGUCAAAUUCAGUCAAGAGGCGGUGGUGGAGGUUGCUUUCAUCCCUGGUAAAGGUCCGUUCCCCAACAGCACGUCUUUACACAACGGUGUCCAGCGCGGCGUUGGCAACGGGUACAGCUCCGGACGCUUAAAAGUCCACGUCAGAUCACCAGAGAUCCGUACGGGGGAACCCGCCCCACUGCCUUCUCCCUCCCCUGACAUCUGCCCUCCAGAUAUACACAUUUCAGGCUCGGCCCCCACCCAGAGAACAGUGUUGUCUGCAGCCAAACCCAAGAUCACCCUGGACCCUCACAUACGCCUCAAGUCUGACAAACUGGACCUGGCGUUGUCGUACCUGGGUCUGGACGUGACGGAGGAGAAGAGGAGGAAGCUGAGACAAAGUCUUAUCACUGACCCACAGGGAACCGUGUCCUACGGAGACUUUGUUGAGGCCACACGCAACGUCUACCAAGAGAAUCUGGAGGAGGCGGGACUAGGGCAGAAAGAGUUCAUGUUCUCCUAUCACGAAGCAGCUAGCUUGAUGGACACCUCUGCCUUCCACUCCCCGACCUUUGAUUCAGAUUCCUACAGUAGUGAAGAACUGGAGCACUUUCAGGCGGAGGUGAAACAGCUGCAGAACCAGAUUAAACAACUCAAGUCCAAUCACAGCCAGCCUGCUGGUUUUCCUACACUACCCCAGAUCAGUCAGCCUGCUGGUUUUCCUACACUACCCCAGGUCAGUCAACCUGCUGGUUUUCCUACACUACCCCAGGACACAGAGCACAGCAAGUCGACCCAGGAGGAGGAGUUACACAACACCUCAGAGAAAGCGUGUGCGACGGUGGAGGAGAACAGUCGUCUGAAGACUCGUCUGCAGGUAGCGGAGGCAGUGCAGAGAGACAGACAGAGUAACAGUGCAGAGCAGGACUAUGAAGAGGUCAUUACACUGCUAGAGGCUGAGAUCAAAGACCUGAAGAACCAACUGGCGGGCAAGAAACAGAAGGGUCUGGAAGCUACUAAGGAAGAUGUGAUGGAGUUAAACAGGAAGUUGUCGAUGAUUGACUGUCAGCUGAGGAAGUCUGAGCUGAGCAGAAGACACCUGGAGAUCUCCAACAAGAAACUACUGGGAUUCGCACAGAAUGUUCACAAAGUGCUCACCACCCCCAGCUUGUUUGGAAUGGAAAAUGGGAGUAGCAGGACCUCUCCAGCCACAGACAGUCCAGAGACCCCCUCUCCCAUCCCAGACCCAGCCUGCCAGUUAGCUGCAGAGGCCAGGGAGCUGGUGGAGGGGGUCAGAUCCCUGAGCAGCACCGAUGAUACAGCCCCUCUCAGUGACUCAGAGGUGGGUGAACCACCUGACCCAGCCAUGGACCCUAACCGGGCAACACAGUAACCCUCAUAGCUCGCAGGCUCAGCCAUCUCCUACAGAAGAUCCAGCCAAAGACAAGCGCCGCCAGUAGAGAACGUUCAGAGAACGUCACAGAGAGCGUUUUAGAGAACGUUACGAGGACGUGAAAAGAACAGCGUGGCUGGGGACUAUGCUCAGAAGAACACUGUGCUUGGCUGACUACGUUUACCUAAAAACUACCAACGACCCUUUAAAAGACAGACAGACAGAUGGAGAGAGACAACCAGACAGACUGUAUGUAGGAUGCUAUCCAGUGUGCGUUAAAGAAAACAACAAAAAAAACACUUAACACUUAACUCUUUAAAAAUGAACCGCUGUCAUUAGUUGAGGCUUCAGUCAAUGUUCUGGGAUUGCUUUACCGAUUAACCACAAAAUGUUCUAGUUUAUCUGUUUUCUAAUACAGCUGUGUGUGUACUUACAUUUCUCUGUUGACAUUUAGCAUUUGUCAGAAUGUGAACGAAGGGGAGAUUCUCAACUGGGAGUGACUGGGAACGGUAGCAGGUUUUGAGGUGAAAUGGCAGAGACUUGUAGAUGCAGUUCAGUUUGUUCCAAAGAGCUUGCCGUAGCCGAUUAGACAGCACUACAAAGCCAAGGCGCUACCGUUGGGUGUGUAGGUGUACAGACGUACAGUAUGAGCUAUGAUGAUGAUGAUGAUGAUGAUGAUGAUGAUGCACUGAACCUUUCUAUCCCUGAGUUCCAAUACUCUGUAAAAUGUUCAUUCUCUCAUGUCCUAUUUCCUUGUAUCCUAUUUCCUUGUAUCCUUCCUGACCACUGAAAUCUGGAGAGACCGGAUAGUGACGUUCAAUAUGCCGGUAUGACAUUGGCUGCUCGUCAAAUUGGUUCCAUCCGUUUAUUUUUGGGAUCAGCGGUCCUCAAGGACACAAAGAGAGAUGAAGACGUUUGUGUUCAUUAUCUGAGACGGGACAGAAAUUUGUAUUUUUGCUCACAACCCUUCCCAGAGGUGAGGAGAGGAAGCCAGGCUAGGGUAUUGGAACCUAGCCCUAGCUGUCUCUAUAGCUGUAUCGCCAUGGCUACAGUAAGUGCCCUGUAUGUGUAUACUUCAGAGAGAGAGAGAGAUAGAGGAUAACGUGGACGAUGUGCCCUGAUUCAAAGCGUCUCAUCCUGAUGACAUCGUGUCACCAUGGUGAUGACCCUGUGUACAGAAACGGUUUGUCCCUUAUACUGAAGUGCUCUGAUGAACUGUCUGUCUGUUUUGAAGAUGAUUUUGUCCUGGAAAAGCCCAUUUUCUGUUACGGAUACCGAGGUAGAGGAAGAAGCUUUAGGACCUGCACGAGCUGUCAUGGCGACGCCGAGACGUCUGCUUUUGCUGUUAUUAUAAAACCUUGUAAAUCUUUAAGCUGAAAGAUUCUCUCCUUUGAUGUCCUUCUCCACAUCUUCUGACUGACACACACACACACACACACACACACACACACAAACAAGUCCGCUGGACCAAGCCAGAGCUUACUAUAGUAUGUCUGUGUCAAUUGAAGCUCGUUCAAGGCUUUGUCUAUGAGGAUUCCUUCCUUCCUUACUGUUGAGUUCUGUGAAUACUUACUACGCUGUCAUAUCACAUAUGUUCCGUGACUUCUGUUAGAACUGCGUCUCCAUAGCGACAGCUGUGUGGAAGUUCCGUUCCAUAACCCACAGUUUGUCGGCUUGUCGUCUGAGAUUGAGGUUAUGUCACCAAGACAAUAAAAAAAGAAUGGAAAAAACAACAACAAUGGCCUUUUAGCAGUGGCUGUGUCUCGAUAGUCGUAACUAGCUCCCUUUCCUUGUGUCCUUUCCUUGUGUCCUUUUCCUUCAUGAUCAGUGAUAUGGAAAGAAGCGAUACUGUAGGUAAAAAAGCAAUAUGGUGGAAAGCCAUCCAAUCCUUUCACCUGUUAGAGGUCCCGAAGGAAAGGAAAUGAGGGGAGGAGACAAGGAAAGGAAGUAAUGAAAGAGUAUUGAGACCCAGCCGGUGUCUUAUCAACUCAAAACACCUGAUACUUCCUCAGUGCAAAUGAAGGAAAGGAGACGAGGAAGGAAGCCAAUGACGAGUAAUUGAGACACAACGCAAAGCAGUGUAUCUCAACUGGAAACAUCACCAGUACCAUAUGAUCACUGCAUGGUUCUGGUUCUGACAACCUGUCGUUCAACAUCCAACUGUGGAAUCAAAUGUUUGGUUUCAGGAACGUAGAGAGAAACAUUAGUUAUACUGUCUUGUUUAAAAGAAUAGGUUGUAUGAUAACAAUACCUGUGUGGUGGGAUAUAUGGGCUGCGUCCCAAUAAUCUCUCCGUUCUCCCGAAGUGUGCACUCGUUCACUUUCCUUUAUGGAUCUCAAAGGACAUGACUGGAAUAUGGAACUCCCUCUAGAGUCCAGCCCAUGCCAACACAUAUCCAUGUAUUUUACAUUUGUAUGGAGUAGUGAACGAGUGCACACUUCAGGAAAGAAAGAGAGAGUUUUGGGACACAAGUCAAGGAGAUGUGUACAACAGGAGGUCAUGUAACAUUAAUAAGACCGUAGCCGGCUAAAUGUGUCCGAGGUGUAUUGUUUAUAUUGUUAAAUGCACAUGCUUUACCAAACUGACUGACAUGUAGUCCUGUAAUUGAACUAGAUUGCAUCAUUAUGUUUGGCCUCCGAACUUUCUUUUACUGUUUUUAAUAAAGGAAUAACCUCAAAUA